UUCAUGGUUGUCCAUAGAAGCCCUGUCAGUGACCUGGAAUUGAUCCGAUCCCAAUUCUUACAGUUGAUUUUUGUUAUGAUACUCAAAACUGACCUUCGCGCUCGAAGAAACCCUAGAUUUCCCCCCUUUAAUCCUUUGAAGGUCUAAUUUCCCGAUACGAAGCCAACUUUUUCUUCAGAACUUGUCGAGUUUGAAUGGAUAGCAAAAACCCUAAUUAAAUUUCUUCGGAGAGUAAUAAGAAAAAUACAAUGGACGCGAAGGACAUCCUUGGUCUACCCAAAAUUCCUUUGUCAAUAACUCCGGAGAAAAAAUCACGUUCCCAGAAAGACUCCCAGAGAAAACCCAAUGGUAUUUCACGCGAGGUUUAUGCCCUCACUGGAGGGGUGGCUCCGCUUAUGCCUUCAAUUGACGUCUCUCAACUGAAACGACGCCCACCAUCCGACGAUAAGAUCACAUGGCAGUGGCUUCCUUUCACGAGCUCUGCCCGAAAAGAUAACUUGCAACUUUACCACUGGGUGAGAGUCGUAAAUUGUGUUCCACCGACAGGGGAUUAUUCCUUUGCUAAGUAUAACAAGUCUGUUGAUGUUAUCAGAUACACAGAUGAGGAGUAUGAAAAACACUUAACUGAUCCUAAAUGGACUAAGGAAGAGACAGAUCAAUUGUUUGAUCUGUGCGAACAGUUUGAUCUCCUCUUCAUCAUUAUAGCUGAUAGGUUCCCAACAACCCGGACUGUUGAGGAACUGAAAGAUCGUUAUUACAGUGUGUCUCGAGCCAUACUGGUUGCUAGGGCUCCAUCACCUGGCGAAGUUACAGGGCAUCCUCUUGUUAAGGAACCCUACAAGGUUACUCAAGAGAUUGAACGCAAGCGUGCUUUAUCGAUGGUCCUCUCUCAAACAAAGCACCAAGGGCGGAAAGAUGCUGAGGUUCUUGCUGAAGCAAAAAGAAUAGCCGAGUCACGUAUGGCUGCAUGGGCUGCCGAAGAACCUGAUAUGCCUGCCACUUCAGAUAUUGGUCCUGAAAGUGCUGUUGGUCCUGGAGAAACUAUAUCUCCCUCCAAUGUUCAAGUUCCUGCUGCAGCUGCUGCACCAUCUACCUCAGUAAUUGCUGAUAAUUCCUGUACUCUUGCUUCCUUGCAUUUGCUUAGGGUAUACUUGAGAACUUAUGCACUGGAGCAAAUGGUCCAAGCUGCAAGCUCAUCUGCUGGACUUCGGACUAUCAAGCGAGUUGAGCAAACCUUACAAGAUCUUGGGGUUAACUUAAAGCCAAAGGUUCCAACAAAGGCUGUUUGUGCUGAACAUCUUGAAUUAAGAAAAGAAAUUCUAACGCUGCUAAAUCUCCAGAAACAGUUGCAAUACAAGGAGGCAGAGGGUUCAUCUUUCCGUGAUGGUUCCUAUGUUGAUAUGCCAGGUUCUGCAAAGCGAUCACAACAUGCUGCAGAUCAGGAUCGUACAUUUGUCUCCGACACCAUUAGUUUUGGAGGUGAUAGAGGAGUAAAAAGAGAGCAAAAGCGAAAGGGACCUGGGAGAGCAUCUGAGACUCCAUCUUCACCAGCAGGAGCUCAUAAAAGGCCAAGAAAGAUGAAGGAUUCUGAUCUAUAACAAAUUCUCACCUGCCUGGUUAUGAUUCCUGGCAAAGUUCUCAGGGUCAUUGGCAGCCCCCUUUGUUAAAUCUAACCAAGGUCGUUAGAAGCAGUUGCAGAAGCUCCAUCUUCCCCCCCCCCCUUUGACCAGGCUUCGUAAGUAGGAACAAAGUCCGUAUAUUUGUGAACGAUAUGUAUAAAGCCUCCGAAUCCAACAAACUCAUUUGCUUAGUCACUGUCAGUGUUACCGCUCGUGGAUAGUCCAUAAUUUCGAGGAAAAAAACAUUUGCUUAACUACUUGAUUCUGUAAACGUUUAGACUAAUAUCUAGGAGGCAGGAGCUGCCCUCAUUGUUUU